AUUGCUGAAGCCUUGGCAAUCUGUAGAACACCAAGCUUUAGAUGCUAGGAAACUCCCGCAAAACAUUGGCAGAUCAUAUAAACUGCACUGUAUUGUCCUGCGAAGCUGAAGCAGUUUGCCCAGCUUCCUCUCACGGGGCGAGCAAGAGGUGGCCCAAACUAGAGCUUGGCACAGUCAUUCUGUACAUCGCAAGGCUUGUACCUGGAAAGCGUUAGCGCUGGAAGAUGACGCAAGAGGCGACUGCCCCUGUGGAGUCCGUGGAGCCUGUCCAGGCCCCGGCGUCCGCUGGCGCUGGGAAGAAAAAAAAGAAGAACGGCUCCGCGGGUGCCGCCGCAACGGCCGAGGCCCCGGGCGCCAAGGCGGUCAUUGCGCCCGCUGAGGAGGCGGCCCCGAAGGCAUCUGCCACCAACGGCGCUAAGGGCGAGGAGGAGGAGUCAGCGGCAGCAGAGCCCAGCAGCACAGGGGCGAAAGAGGGCGCUGGGCAGCCGGCAGCUGAGGAGGUGAAUGCUGCCGCUGAGCCUGCCGCUGAGGAAAAGGCCGAUGCGGCGGCAGCGGCUGAGCCGGCGGCAGUGGAGCCGGCAGCGGCCUCGGCAGCGGGCAGCUCUGCGCCGGAGGCCGAGCCGAAGGAGCAGCCCGCCACGGGGACGGCGCCAGCCGCCGAGGGAAAGAAGCAGGAGGAGGAGAUUGCGGAGGAGCCUGCCGCGCCGGAGGCUAGCGCGGCGGCUGCCACGCCAUCGAAGGAGGCGGCGGCUGUGGUGGAGAAGCCGGAGGCGCAGGCCCCUGCGUCCGCUGAGCCGGCGGCGAAGGGUCAGCAGGCGGAGAAGCCGGUGUCCUCGCCGGCGCCAGCCUCCGCGGAUAAGGCCGUGAAGCCGGCUCCGCUGACCCCACUGGCGCCUCCCGUGAUUGCAGACGCCUCCGCCAGCACCCCCACCGGCAGCGAGGCUGCGGACGUGACGCAGAGCGGCACGGUGCAGGAGCUCUCAAGGCGGCUGAGCUCCACCUCGAUGUCCGGCACGCCGACCACGCCGGCACGGCCCACCUCCGGCGAGCGCGCCAACGCGCCCGGCAGUGCCUCGGCCGCGGGCGCCGCCGGCGCGGCGGCCAAGGCCGUGCCUCGCAGCGCCGAGGCGUCGCCGCUGUCCACACACGACACCAAGAACACCAUCAACGUGUCGCAGCUUCUCAAGCUAGGCGCCUUCAAGAAGCAGCCGCUGGCGGACUUUGUGCCGUACGCGGAGCUGCAGCUGCUGCGCGUGGAGGAUGGCAUCGACGCCACACGCAAGGAGGACUAUCUGGCGGACGGGGAGUUCAAGGAGGUGUUCGGAAUGGACCGCGAUGCUUUCAAGAAGCAGCCGGCAUGGAGGCAAGCGCAAGCCAAGAAGAAGGCAAACCUGUUCUAACCGCGGGCAAUGCGUCAAUGCGGAGGCAUGUGGUUCACGCUUCCCGCAACACCGGGCGCCCCGCUCUCGGCACCAGCUAUGGCCCAAAUUCGCGUACGCAACACGGCCCAAUCGGCCAGGGGCCGGGCCUCAAGGACUCAUAAUAGAGAGCAGCAGGAUACCUCCAAUGUGCAUUCAACUGAUUCAGUUUGUGGGGGACCCUUCAGUAAUGCCACGUUGCGGCUUGCGUAAUCUUGUUUGCUACGCAUGAUGGAUUGAACCAAUUGUACCUGAAAGUCUCGAGCUUUGCCUAGGCUUGUCGAGGUAGCAUCUCGUUUCCAAGUGGAUAGUACUGGCAACCAUAGGCCAGCCAAUGCAGAUUUAUGAAGCGCACACUUCGGACACUGGCGCCCUUUAAUUCUAUCUCGAGGCGUUCGUUAAUGCAGUUCGCCGUCUAUCUGUGACCACAGGAAGGCACAAGCCAACAAUGCCCGCGGCGCCACCACGCAACGGCAAUGCGGCCAUGCCGAUCACCCCUGACCUGAACACUGCAGCGUGCUCAAUCGCAGCCGCAGCAGUAUCGAGCCCCAAGCGCAACCACCCGAGGGGCGGCAAACAUAUCUGCGCCAGUGCGCCCUCUGCCCCUCCUCCGGGUUAAGUUCAAGGUACCUCAUUUUGUAGCCUCAGCUGCCUUCUCAAACCACGCCUCAGCAAAUGACAUGCGUUUUGAUCACUGUUCGGGUCCCGACAGGGCGAGCACUGUGCCAAGCGUCUGUCCUCAGCAACAGAGCACACCCGCAGGCGCGAUUCACCGCCUGUUCCACCGAGCAGCAGCCCGUCCUCCAUUUCAUUGGGACCCAUCAACAUGCUCCCUUCGAUGCAUUAUGCU